GUCGAUCAUUAUGGCACACAAAUGUAUUAGCCGUCAUAUUAGGUUUUAUUCUACGAUUGAUGUCAAUCUAAUUGUUAGUACAGUCUAAUCUAAACCACUAUUAAUGGAGAGAUAUUUGCAAAUUUCACACGAUUCUUUAGCAAAUCCAACUGCAACUUUGAAUGAAAAGUCCCAAUCUUUAAUGAGGACGUUGAUCUUUUCAACCUCUAAUUCCUUAAUUUCUCAAUUCUUCUUCAUAAACACACAUUUUCACCACACAACCAUAUCUAAUUCUCUCUGAAGCAUCCAUGGAAGCUCCUCCACCUUCAAGCGAUCCAUACAAGUUCCUCAACAUUACACUUAACUCAGAUGGAUCUCUCACUAGACACCGUGAGUUCCCCAAAUUGCCACCAACAGAGCAAUCCAAAGACAUCCCAUUAAACCAAACCAACAAUACCUUCAUCCGAAUUUUCAAGCCCCGGAAUAUUCCGCCGGAAUCAAAACUCCCGAUCCUCGUUUACUUCCACGGCGGCGGGUUUAUCCUCUAUAGCGCCGCUUCAGCUCCUUUCCAUGAAUCUUGUACCAAAAUGGCUGAUCGUCUUCAAACCAUAAUCCUCUCCGUGGAAUACCGUCUAGCUCCCGAACACCGUCUCCCGGCGGCGUACGAAGACGCCGUCGAAGCAGUCUUAUGGCUCCGCGAUCAAGCUCGUGGCGCAAUCAACGGUGGUGAUUGUGACACGUGGUUAAAAGACGGUGUCGAUUUCUCGAAAUGCUUCGUGAUGGGUUCGAGCUCCGGAGGAAAUAUCGUCUACAACGUCGCGUUGCGUGUGGUCGACACAGAUCUCACUCCUGUUAAGAUCCAAGGGCUGAUAAUGAACCAAGCUUUCUUCGGUGGCGUUGAGCCGUCAGAUUCUGAAUCACGGCUUAAAGACGAUAAGAUCUGUCCGUUACCAGCUACUCACUUGUUAUGGUCGCUUUGUUUACCGGACGGUGUAGAUCGUGACCACGUGUACUGCAAUCCGAUUAAGAGCAGUGGGCCCAAUGAAAAAGAGAAGAUGGGACGUUUUCCGUCGACUCUUAUAAACGGUUACGGUGGGGAUCCGUUAGUGGAUCGUCAGAGACACGUGGCGGAGAUGCUGAAGGCACGUGGAGUGCACGUCGAGACGAGGUUUGAUAAAGAUGGGUUUCAUGCUUGUGAGUUGUUUGAUGGGAACAAAGCUAAGGCCUUGUACGAAACCGUUGAGGCCUUUAUGAAGAGUUGUUCAUCAACUGGCCCAUCCCCCAACAUGUAGCAAUCCGAUCUAAUCAUGUCUUAUCGACUUAAUAAUUAAAUUCCUGCAAUUUUCGAUGUUUUAAGUCACGUAUUAUAUGUGUGGUUUCAAUGGAAAAAUGUAUACCCAUUGAAUAAAUAUAGUGGACGUAUUUAAUCUAUUUACUAAAUAUUUAAAAAGA